GACAAUGCGAGCUCGCAGAGGUGGUGAGCCAUCAAACCAGGGUCCACAGCGGAGGCAGCAGCAGCUGACAAUUGUGUUCGAAUCAAUAAGUGAAGAAGUUGCGACGCAAUCUGUAAUUUAAAAAAUCUGUAAUUUGGUAUUGUCAAAGUAUUGUUUUAUUUAAUUACCACAGUAAAUUUUUCAUCAAUUAUCAGACGAGUAAUUAUGCCUCGCCACGACCUGCCAGCGAGGAUGACGACGGUGGUGAUGGCGGUGGUGAUGAUGGCCGUGGGGGUGUCCUGUGCCCUGGAUCCUGACGCCGACCUCACGUUCAGCACCGAAUUAUCUCCGGACAAAUUCCACGUCUCGUGGGCGUUCGACAGCGACCAGAUCGUCCUGGAGGCUCGGGUUCGCACCCGGGGCUGGGUCGGCCUGGGGCUGAGCUCCACGGGGAUGAUGGCCGGCUCUGACGUGGUGGUCGGGUGGGUGGACAGCGCAGCCGCUACCCAUCUCGUGGACGGACACAUCGAGGGGGAGCGGAGCCUGGUGCGGGACGCGAGCCAGGACUACAAACUCGUGCGGCUCAGCGAGAACGGCACCCACACGGUCAUGCGCGUGGUGCGCGCGCUGCGCACGUGCGACGCCAACGACAGGGACAUCACCGAGGACACGGUGCGUCUGAUCUGGGCCUACAGCGGUGAAGACCCAGCGAGCGAGACUCAGAUCCAGUACCACGGCGCGACCACGCGGGGCUCCAAGAGCGUUCAGCUUCUGAGCCACGGAUCUGCCACCGAGCAGCCCCUGCCUCCAGAUCACGACUCCUUUAACCUGGCUUUUGACAAGUACACGAUCCCGACCGCCUCCACUUACUACGCGUGCAAGCUCGUCUCUCUGCCCAAACUCAGCAAGAAAAAUCACCUCAUCAAGGUGGAGCCCAUUGUCCAGGCCGGCAACGAGGCGUUCGUGCACCACAUUCUCGUGUACGUGUGCCUGGACAACGUGAACGCGUCCCACGUGGGAGUCACGCACGAGUGCUACCACCCCAACAUGCCCGACUCCUUCUCCACCUGCACCUCCGUGCUCGCCGCGUGGGCCAUUGGCGGCGGGACAUUUGACUACCCCCCCGAGGCCGGGUACUCGCUAGGAGCGCAAGGGGACCCCAAGAUGGUCCUGAUCGAGAUGCACUACGACAACCCCGGGCUCGUGUCAAACGUGAUCGACAGCUCCGGCCUGCGCUUCUACGUCACGCCGCAGCUGCGUGCCUACGACGCCGGAGUGCUGCAGGCCGGCGUCGGUGUCAACAACCUUCACUUCGUGCCGCCCGGAGCCUCCUCCUACACGAGCUACGCCGUCUGUCCCACCCAGGGAUUCGCCACCAUCGAUCAGAACGGGACCUCGCUGCGAGACGCGAUGCCACGUCCGAGGGGCGUGAUGCUAGGUAGAGAGGCGACGCAGAGCGGAGAGAUGAAGGUCUUCGCUUCGCUCCUGCAUGCUCACCUGCUGGGCAGGGCCGUCCAGCUCCGGCACUACAGGGCUGGAAAGCAGAUCGACGAGCUGGGUCGCGACAUGGGCUACGACUUCAACUUCCAGGAAACGCGCUACCUGAAAAAGCUCGUCUCCGUGAUGCCGGGCGAUUUCAUCAUCACAGAGUGCCUCUACAACAGCAAGGACAAAGCCACGACAACCACGGGUGGGCUCAGCACCCAGGAGGAGAUGUGCCUCGGCUUCCUGCACUACUACCCCAAGGUGAACGUGUCGCAAUGCCUCAGCGUUGUCAACAUGACGGAGCUGGCGCCCGCCCUUGGAUACACCGUCAUGCCUGAUUUCCCACACAUGGUCAUAACCCCCGAAGCGGACAAGGGGAAGCCGAUCUUCACCGUCUACGACAACGUGAACUGGACGGAACAGACUAUCCGCUCUGUGGAAAAAGCGGCGCAAACGGCCAACCAUUACGCGCUGCACAUGGACACGAAUGGGUACCAGUAUUUCCCUUAUCAGAGAAUCCCCGAGAUCCCUGCGGACCCCGAGGCGCCACCCUGCAACCCCACGAAACCCACCACGACACCUACCACGAAACCCACCACGAAGUCCGGAGAUAAGGGGGCAGCACCGAGCGUGCACCCCCACGGGAGCUGGCUGCACCUUCUCCUGACCAUGCCCAUCGUUGUCUUCGCUCAGCUGUUUGCAGAGCCUCUCCUCGCCUAACUCGCGGAAUAAAGAGGCUCAAAAGAUCUGAUUAAAAAAUAUAUGAUUGCAUUCA